CUGCGCUUGCGCAGUGUUGGCGGAGGGGUCGAGGAGGUGGUGGGAGCGAUGGGCUGGGUUUCGGGUUGGCGGGGAGCCGCUGUGGGGUUGUUGCUGCUCGGCGUGUGCCAGGUAUGGGCAGAGGAAGGUAUUCUCCAUGCGGUCAGUAAUGACAGUAAUCUGGGUGUGAAGCAAUAUUGUGUCAUGUACGAUUCCAAAUGGAUGCCAUUUCCAAAAUCUCUGGACAAUGCUACUGAGUUCCAGCUAAAAAUCCUGACCAGCACCAAACUCUGUAACUGGACAGAUGUGCCUGCAGAGGGUAUAAAGGACAAGCUUCUUGUGGUGAUGAGGGGGAACUGCACAUUCAUAAGGAAGGCACAGAUUGCCCAGAGGAAUUUUGCUAAAGCGCUGCUGGUUGCGACUGUGGAUAGAAUAUUUUCUCCUUCAGGUAAUCUGUCUGAUUUUGAAAAGCCAAACAUUCCAGUGGCCCUCAUUAGCUAUGAUGAUGUACUGUCCAUGCAAAAGAUGCUCGGGGACCACAUUUCAGGCACACUCUAUUCCCCUCCUGUGCCCACCUUUGACUACAGCAUCCUGAUCAUCUUCCUUAUCGCUGUUGGUACUGUUGCCUUCGGGAGUUACUGGAGUGGGAUGGCAGAAUAUGGAAGUACAAGUUAUUCGCCAUCUGACUCCAGACUACAGACACACGAAGAGAACAAGACCAAGGAAUCUGCAGCUACACUGACUCCAGUUACUGUUGUGAUUUUCGUUAUCGUCUGUUCUGCAAUGAUUGUUCUGUUGUACUUCUUCUACAAGUGGCUAGUGUACCUGGUUAUCGGCAUCUUUGCUUUGGCUGCAGCUGUUAGUCUCUAUAAUUGUUUGGUUGCACUAGUGAAAAGAAUACCAUACUGGAAGUGCAAGUUCCCUUGUGAUAAAAUAAGUAUUGAAAUUCGUUUGCUGUUCCUUGCUGUGUUCUGUACAGCAGUGUCCGCAACCUGGGUAGCUUUUCGGAAUGAAGACAGAUGGGUUUGGAUUCUACAUGACUGUCUAGGGGUUGCCUUUUGCCUUAACUUCAUGAAGACCCUGAAAAUGCCUCAUUUUAAGUCCUGUGUCAUUUUGCUGGUACUCCUGCUCAUCUAUGAUGUAUUCUUUGUUUUCAUAUCUCCGUAUUUCACAAAGAACCAUGAGAGCAUUAUGGUUGAAGUUGCUGCUGGAUCUGGAUCUACUGGUGAAAAGAGUACUGGAAACUACCUAAUGGGACUUACAGUUGAACCAGUGGCUCACAAUGAAAAAUUGCCUGUGGUUAUCAGAGUGCCGAGAUUGGUGACAUCUGUUGCAACCAUAUGUGGAAUGCCAUUUUCUUUGCUGGGAUUUGGGGAUAUUAUUGUACCUGGACUGUUGGUUGCUUAUUGCCGAAGAUUUGAUUUGCAGACAAAUACCUCCAACAUCUAUUUUAUUUUGUGCACUAUAGCUUAUGCAGUUGGCAUGGUUUUGACAUUUAUUGCUCUGAUCCUGACUUCGAUGGCACAGCCUGCCUUGCUCUACUUGGUGCCUUGUACACUCAUCACCUGUGCUGUGACUGCCUGGAGCCGUAGGGAAAUGAAAAUGUUUUGGGCAGGAAAUGGCUAUGAGGUCUUGGAUGUCACCAGUGAACCUUUAUUACAAGAUGAUGAAUCGAGUUGGUACAACGAGUGAAGAGACGGUUGAGACUCUCACUGAACCAGCAUCUGAAUAACCCUAAAAGAUGCCAGUUGCUUUAUUAUUUCUAGUUUUUUAUACAUGUUUUAUUAUCAAACAAUUAUAAAAAAAAUUCUAACACCAGCAUCUGAGCUGACAAAUUGUGUCCUGCCAAUUGUCCUGAUCAGCACAAUACCUUCUGCACUUGACUUUUUUGUAAUGACUAAACGAUUUACCAAAGGUUUUCUGAAUCUGAGAAUUGAUCAUGCACUUUUACUGCUUUAUGGAGUAUAUUUAAUAGUUAUUAAUGUCCAAAACGGGACUGAAAUGUAUGAUAAACCUUUCUGGGUGUUGAUGGGCUGUCAUGUCCCUGAGAGGAACCAAGUGCCUUGCAUGCCGCCCUAUGAAGAAAAUCAGGAGAUCAUCCAGAGGGUGAAAGAUGUCGUUUUAAAAACUCUGCUCUCUGAAAAUGAACUUAGGGUAAACUGACAUUGUUUAUUUUUCCCUUUAUUUAAUUGUUCCUCAAAUUCUGCAAAUUUGCAGUGGCAAAAAUUGUUCAAUUUUUGCUCCAGUUUCACAUCUGCCAGACAGAUUUGACUCAUUUAAGAACCUUUUGAAUACUUAUUUUGUGUGUAUUGAAGGGUGAAGGCUAUGAUGCAGUGGUUUCUAAUGUGUGAUUUGUAGCUAAUUUUGAUUAUUCAAUUACAUUCUGUGGAACAGGGUGUGCUAAAGUUUAUAAAGGAAUUGUAAUCUCCUGCCCUCUUGCACAUGAUCUGAGUGGAAAAAAUGUAACUUUUCAGAAAAUGACUUUUUUGUUUCAUUAAAGAUAUUUAGAAACA